AUGAAAGCCACAGUGCAAGAUGCCGACGACGCCUCGUCGUCCCCGGACAAUUCCACCGGGCGAAAUCAAAGCAUGACUCCGCAGUCCAGCGGCCAAAACACCCCCGCUACCCUCGCCCAAGAUCACCGAGACGUCUUCUCCGCCACAGAGCUGGAAGAGGCAUUCCAAGAACACCAGCCGGGCGAGGAUCUUCUCCCGAUGAAAGGAAGCGGCGAGGGAACGUGUGCACUGCUGCCGGAACGCUCGGCCGUCUGGAUGGAGACGGUGACGGAAACCAAACUCUCGGCCCUGGCCGCUGCGACCCUUGUGAAUGCCGAGGUCUUCAGUGCCAGGCGUUUGGUACUGUAUCCCGGCCGCGACCAAUACCCCGAGUCCAACCCCACGGAUCCCAUCUCCGGGGUGUUCGCCGCUGCGCACAGUACCAUCGGCGGCGUCGUGAUGGGUGUGGCAGACUAUCCCAUUGAGGUCACCAAGAUGGUGAAAGCAGACCGCGAUGUGGCGAAGACCAUGGCCACGGACUUUGCGCUUGACAGCGGGAAGGGUCUCUCGAGGAUCGUGGGAACGGGUCUCAAGGCGCCGAUGGAAUUCACCUACAACAUCUCAAAGGGAUUCGGUAACGUGCCGAAGCUGUAUGGCGAUGAGACGGUGAGAAAGGAUGCCAAAGUCACGGGACUUGCGAGCGGACUGAGUGCUGCUGGUAAGGGCUUUGGACUUGGUCUGUUCGAUGGAGUCACCGGAUUAGUGACACAACCUCUCACGGGGGCCCAGAAAGGCGGCGUCGGAGGUUUCUUCGCAGGGUUGGGCAAGGGCAUCGGAGGAGUGGUCUGCAAACCUGUGGCAGGCGCCGUUGGUCUUCCAGCAAACUUAUUCAAGGGGGUCUACACAGAAGUCCAGAACCAACAAGCGGUUCACAGAAAAGCUGCACAGCUGGCUCAGGGCCAGAAGGAGUGGGAAGACGCUAACGAGGAUGAGACCUCUGAUAUUAUUGAGAAAUGGUACAGAAUCUACGAAGUCUCUGCUCAACCGCCGAAAUAUGAGUUUUGA